AUGCCGGCCCCACCUCGCCCCCUCGCUCGCCCGCCCUCGCACUCACUCGCUGACCCACACGACCCAUGCCCACAGCCCUACCUCCUCCUCGCCAAGUCGGCCCGCGGCGCAGGCGCCGCCAACCUCGUCUCGCAGGCCGUCGCCGCACCGGGCGUCUACGUCUUUGGCGAGCUCCUCGACCAGCCCUCGAUCCGCGACCUCGCCAACCACGAGCAGCACGCUCAGCAGCACCGCCUCCUCGAACUGUUCGCGUUCGGCACCUGGGCCGACUACGAGGCCAACCGCGACAACUAUCCGGCCCUGACGCCCGACCAGGAGACCAAGCUGCGCCACCUCACGGUCCUCACCCUCGCCUCGUCGCAGCGUUCGAUCCCCUAUGCGCUCCUCCUCUCGCGCCUGUCGCUCCCGGACGUCGCCACCCUCGAGGACCUCCUCAUCGCCGCGUUCUACGCCGGCGUCCUGCGCGGCAAGCUCGACGCGCGCGAGCAGCGCCUCGAGGUCCUGUCGGCUCAGGGCCGCGACGUGCGCCGCGACGAGCCCGCCGCCGUCGCCGAGGAGAGCAUGGAGCUCGACCCGACCACCGCCACCGCCACUACCGGUGCC